GCCAAGGAGUUUUGCCGCUAACCUGUCUGACACACUUUCUGCAGAGGAGAAACUCUAUACCUGUCAUUAUGAACAAGCUACUGGUUAUCACAGCUGUCAUUGCUUUCCUUGCUCUGGGAGCGGAGAGCUUCCGUGUGCCCAGGCAAGCUGAGGAGGAGAGAGGCACCAUUUCCACUGUGGUGGACACACUUAAGUCCUACUACGACCAGAGUGUUGACACUGCCAGCGGUUAUGUUGAGACCAUCAAGGGCUACAAGCUGAACGAGAAAGCCAAGAACCUGUACGACGACACAGUUCGUGCUGUCAGCACCUAUGCCGGCAUUUCCUACGACCAGCUUUACCACAUGUUGUACCCUCAGGAAAGCUAAAUCACAUACUAUCGCACCUCAACAGAACUCAAUGUCUUUAUGGUCUUGAGUCUAUCACCACCCUGGAACUACAACCACAUGAACCCCAGAAGAAGACGGCACUGAGGUGAAAGCAUGACUGUUGGCUCCAAUGGCCUGUUACCUUUGCACUGUCAAAAAUACUGCACAAGCACAUAGCACCCUGACAAACAUCAGUGGAUAAAUAUAAUGUGACGGUUUGGGGUAAAAUCAAACAUAAUGCUCAACCACAAUCUGUUUUUGGAUGAAGAUCAGAGACCCUUUGCUGCUGACUGUUACCUGGCGCCCUCUAUCGUACGUCCAGGUUAAAACAGACUCAUCUACUUUUUCAUUGUAGUUUAUCUGUACAGAUUAAAGAAAUCUUUGUAUAAUAUCAACUUUUAGUGGUUCUAUGUCCAUGAGCAUUAGCAAAUUGCAAUAAAACUCCACAUUUGUAGAAAA